GGCAGUGCUGAAGACCCAGGUACCCCAGCCCAGGGACCUUGCUAGGAUGGGGCCAGCAUGGCUGUGGCUGCUGGGAGCUGGGAUCCUGGUCUCUGUCCACUGUCAGCCCUUUCCUGCCCAUGGAGAAAAGAGCCCGAGGGUGCCUGAAGCCCCCCAUAGUCAGCUCUCAGAGACCCUCCCCGCCUACCAGAAAAUCACUCCCACCCUUACCAGCUUCGCUUUGCGUCUGUACAAGCAGCUGGCAGCAGAAACCCCAGGAAACAUCUUCUUCUCCCCAGUGAGCCUCUCCAGCACCCUGGCCCUGCUCUCUCUGGGAGCACAAGCUGAUACCCGGACUCAGAUCCUGGAGGGCCUUGGCUUCAAUCUCACCGAGACCCCAGAAGCCGACAUCCACCGGGGCUUCCAGAGCCUCAUCCACACGCUUGACCUACCCAGCCCCAAACUGGAAUUGAAACUCGGCAACUCUCUGUUCCUGGACAUGCAGCUGAAGCCUCAGCAGCACAUUUUGGACAACAUCAGGGAGCUGUAUGGAGUUUUUGCCUUUUCUGCCAACUUCACAAACUCUGAUGCAACUAGGAAGCAGAUUAAUGACUACGUGAGAAGGCAAACGUACGGGCAGGUUGUGGACUGCCUGGAGGAAUUCACCCAAGACACGUUUAUGGUUCUCUUGAAUUAUAUGUUCUUUAAAGCCAAGUGGAAGCAUCCUUUCGAUCGUUACCAGACCCGGAAGCAAGAGAGCUUCUUUGUGGAUGGGAGGACCUCUCUCCGCAUCCCCAUGAUGCACCAGAAGGAAAUGCACAGGUUCCUCUAUGACCAGGAGGUGGCCUGCACUGUCCUGAAGCUGGAAUACAGCGGAAAUGCUCAGGCCCUGCUGAUCCUCCCUGACCCGGGGAAGAUGGCGCAGGUGGAGGCCGCUCUGCAGCCAGACACCCUGAAGAAAUGGGAUAAAUUGCUCCUCCCCAGCCUGCUGGAUUUGCACCUGCCGAAGUUUUCCAUUUCUGGAACAUAUAACCUGGAAGAGAUACUUCCCCAUAUUGGUCUCACCAGCUUAUUCAACUCGGAAGCUGACUACUCAGGAAUCACCGGGCAGCUCAACAGAACGAUCUCCAGGGUGUCACACAAGGCGACAGUGGACGUGAGUGAGCGGGGAACCGAGGCAGGCGUGGCCUCCGGCCUUCUCUCCCAGCCUCGGUCUCUGAAAGCGACGUUGGCCCCACACGCCCGUUUCAACCGGCCUUUCCUCCUGCUCCUUUGGGAGGUGACCACCGAGAGCCCACUCUUCCUGGGAAAAGUUGUCAACCCAGCUGCCGGGUGACCAUCAUGGGAGACC